AUGCUGUCAAACACUACAGGUGAACAGGAGGGUCUGAUCAAGCUGUCCUUCGACGUACAGGAUUCCAAGGUGCAAGUUGAGGACCGAAUGUUCUACCAAGACAUCAAGCACCUGUUCUUGUCGCCAGACCCCGCGCCCAUGGCACAGGAGUACAGGCUCAAGUACUGCAUGCUGGGUGUGACCAUGGGCGACAACAAAACACCCUUUGUGGUCUCAGUUGUGGAUGCGUUUGGCACCUUCCUCGACUACAUCACUCUUCCGAACUUCGGGCGCGGCAUAAAGAGUCCAGAAAAGCAAAAGGAUAUUGGUAUUUUAAGGAACUUCAUCAAAGAUCGCAAGCCUAUUGGCAUCGCCAUCGCCUCCGGAGGAGUCAGUGCCAACAACACCAAACGAGACUUGCAGCGCAUUUGCGACGACUUAUAUGAUGAGAAAGCGUUGAAGUAUAAGGCGGGGAUUGAGCUGGUAGACUCACAGUGUGCUCAGAUCUUUGCCUUGAGCAAACGCUCGAAGGAGGAGUUUGGGGACUAUCCGGAUUCUAUCAGAACCUCUAUCUCUAUCGCUCGAACGCUACAAGAUCCACUAUUGGAGUAUGCUGGCUUGGCCAAAUACCCCCAGGAGCUGUGUGCGCUGAAUCUGGAUCGAGGACAGGAUAUCCUCUCGAAGGAGGAGUUCUACACUCUCAUCUGCCGGGUGCUUAUCGAUAUUGUCAAUAAG